CUGGGGAGUGUUCUGCUGGCUAGUUUAGGCUAGCGGGUUCUGGCUUCCCUCAGGAACAAGAAAUGGCCUUGCAGUGGCCUUGCAUCUCUUGCCAGCCUCUUGUACUCCUGGGGUCAGGAAUUGUGUAUUUUACUUCCGGAUCUCAGGACAACGACGCCGGAAGCCGGAAGCGGGGGUUUCCAUAUCGGGGAAGGGAAGGGCGGCCUCCGGACAGGCGAGUUUUUCCGAGUGUCCGGGCCCAGGAAACUCUCGCAGCCCGCUGCUCCAGCCUUUCUCACGUCUGACCUACACUGAUGACAGGUGUGGUCCCCUUCUUCCAAGAUAGGGUUCCAUCGGCGGGCGUUCUGCUGCCUCUGAAACGUCUUCUGAUGUCCAGGCUUCUCCUGUUGGGCCCUACCGGUUCCGGCUUCGCGCUUUUAGAACACCAGGACCCAGACACUGACUUGUUGGAUGAGCAGGCAUCUCUGGAAGAAUCAGCUGUGUGAGAUGGUGCAGCCCAGUGGUGGCCCAGCAGGGGACCAGGACGUGCUGGGUGAAGAGUCUUCUCUGGGAAAGCCGGCCAUGCUACAUCUACAUUCGGAGCAGGGCAUCCCUGAGACCCUCCAGCGCUGUCUAGAGGAGAAUCAAGAGCUCCGAGAUGCCAUCCGGCAGAGCAACCAGAUGCUGCGGGAGCGCUGUGAGGAGCUGCUACAUUUCCAAGUCAGCCAGAGGGAGGAGAAGGAGUUCCUCAUGCACAAAUUUCAGGAGGCUAGGAAGUUGGUGGAGAGACUGAGCCUGGAGAAGCUGGACCUGAGAAAGCAGAGGGAGGAGGCCCUGAAGGAGGUGGAGGACCUGAAGUUAUGUCAGCAGCAGAUGGCUGAGGACAAGGCGUCUGUGAAAGCCCAGGUGACAUCCUUGCUGGGGGAGCUCCAAGAGAGCCAGAGUCGCUUAGAGGCUGCCAUCAAGGAACGGCAGGAUUUGGAGGGCAGGGUGCGGGCCGCCAGUGAGCAGGCCAGGCAGCUGGAGAGUGAGCGGGAGGCACUGCAGCAGCAACACAGUGUACAGGUGGACCAGCUGCGCAUGCAGAGCCAGAGUGUGGAGGCCGCCCUGCGCAUGGAGCGUCAGGCUGCCUCGGAGGAGAAGAGGAAGCUGGCCCAAUUGCAGGUAGCCUAUCAUCAGCUCUUCCAAGACUAUGACAACCACAUCAAGAGUAGUAUGGUGAGCAGCGAGCGCAAGCGAGGAAUGCAGCUGGAGGAUCUCAGGCAGCAGCUCCAGCAGGCUGAGGAGGCCCUGGUGGCCAAGCAGGAAGUGAUUGACAAACUAAAGGAAGAGGCUGAGCAGCAUAAGAUUGUGAUGGAGACGGUACCAGUCCUGAAGGCCCAGGCGGAUAUCUACAAGGCAGACUUCCAGGCUGAGAGGGAGGCCCGGGAGAAGCUGGCUGAGAAGAAAGAGCAUCUGCAGGAGCAGCUGGAGCAGCUGCAGCGGGAGUAUAGCAAGCUAAAAGCCAGCUGCCAGGAAUCAGCCAGGAUUGAGGAUAUGAGGAAGCGGCAUGUAGAGGCCUCCCAGCCCCCUUUACCCCCUACCCCAGCUCACCACUCCUUUCACCCGGCCGUACCCAACCAAAGGAGAAGCCCCCCUGAGGAGCCACCUGACUUUUGUUGUCCUAAGUGCCAGUACCAGGCUCCUGAUAUGGACACCCUACAGAUACAUGUCAUGGAGUGCAUCGAGUAGGGCCAGCAGAUGCAAGGCUGCCUGAAGACGCCACACCCAGGACAAUUCGAUUUGUGCUUUCCUCUCCCACCUGCCUAAUUCAGAAUUAAGGGUUUGGUGGAUAAUGAGCAGGUCCUAGGAGCUUGCUGCAGAGCUCUUGCUUAAGUCUCUUGGUCUGCAGGUCCCCUCUUUGAGGGAAGAGGAAGCCUGAGUCAGACCUGAUUCUCUGCUCUUUUCCUUCUGUCCUAUCUGCCUGAACUACCUGUGUCUAGUGGCUAAUCCAUCCUUCCUUUCCCAUCCCUGCAGAGAGGUUGGGCCAGGGACUCUCAGGGAGGACCACUUUUCCUUCCAUUGGCUACCGACUUGCUGGCUCUGAGCUCCAGCCUCUCCUCCUGGGCCAUGUGAUAAUCCACUUUGCAGCUGUACCAGGGUUGGUUGAACCAGUUGCUGCUGAUGGCGUUUGGGUUGUUUGUAGUCCUUUUGCUCUCAUAAAUAAUGGUGCAACGAAAAUGCUUAUGCACUAAUCAUGUGUAUCUUUGCUAAGCAAGAGGUGGGUAGACCUUUGUAUUUUUGCCACCUGCUGGGCAUGCUACUCUUCACUAAGAGGGAGCUUAAGCAUAUUUUCCAAGGGGUAUGUACCCUUUUUAAUUCUUUUGUGAAUGGGCUGUACAUAUCUUUUAUCCAUUUUCCUAUUAGAUUGUUACUUUUUGUUCCUCAUUUUUUUAGGGGCUCUUUUGUCAUUGGCAAGAUUAGCUCUUGUCUGUAACAGAAAGUACAUGUUUCUUUUCCCCUUUGAUUUUGUCAGUGUAGUGUUCUGGCCUUGAGUGUUUUUUAUUUUACAUAGUCACAUUAUCCUUUUCCCGCUUCCAUUGUUUUGGGUUUGGAGUUGUGAGCACUUUGUGGUCUGAUGGAUGCUUCACACGCAUAUACUUUAUUUUUUCUAACACCAAAGUGUGCCCUUGUCUUUGCCAAGCACUUAUUGCCCAGUGUGAGUGGUUGUUGUGGUUCAUCACAUUCUAGAAGUGUCUGAUACUGUAUCAGCCCCAGAUUCCUUGGCUUUACAGAUGGAAGCCAGUUGACAAUGAUUGGCAGAUGAGGAAGAAUAGGGGACUCUUCACUUGUUUUGUAAAGUUCUGGAUAUUUCCUAAGAUAUUGAAGCCAUGGGAACUAACUCUGCAAUUCUAGUAAAGGAAAGGAAGUUGGAAAUUGAGAAACACUCCAGUAUCUAUGUAUCAUUCACUUCUCAGUUCUGGGCCCUCCUUCCCUCAGCCCUCCAAGCUCCCUUGUUAGGAACAAGAUGUAGAUCUAUCCCUGGGCUUUUUCACAGGGCUUUCUGCUGUUUGAUAGUGAGAAGAAUGACUAGAAUUAGGAUAUUAGGACUUUUAAAAAUAAGCCUCAGCUGGGAGCUUUCUUAGCAUCUAUAGGAAGUGGGGAAAAACUUUUCUAUUUCCUAAUGCCCACAUAUCUAUCACACAGUACUUUGGGGAAGUGUUAAAUACCCAGACAGGUUCUCUGCUCAUGGUACUGCACUUAAUACGUAUUCCUGUAAUUUUUCUGUAAGAGCACUAUUUUGUUUUGGAGUGGUGCAUGAGUUUCUGGUGGUUGCUCUAACAGAUCACCAGAAACUUGGUGCCAUUAAACAACAAAAACUUAUUUUUUCAUUUCUUGGAAGCCAGAUACCUGAAGUCAAGUUGUUUUUUUGGAGCUCUGAGAAUAAGUUCUGGGCCUGUUUCCUAGCUUCUGGUGGUUGCUGACAGUUCUUGGCUUGUACACCCAUUAUUCUUAUCACUGCCUCUUUGUCACAUGGCCUCUUCUAUGUUUUCUGUUUCUUUUAAGGAUACCAGAUGUUGGAUGUGGGGUCUAUCAGGGUAAUUCAGUAUGAUCUCCUCAUCUUGUUAUCCCUACCUUCACUACAUCUAUAAAGACCCCUUUCCCCAAAAAGGCCACAUUCACAAGUUAUUGGAGUUUGGACUUACACUUAUCUUUUUGGAGCUACCAUUCAACCCAGUAUGAGGUUAUCUGAUUCAGAUGUUAAAGAUCAGGGCAAAGAUCAGUUACCAAAGGCAGGUAACUCUAAGACCUGCAGAUCUGCUAGCAGGACUUGGUCCCCAGGGUGGUGGUAGCCACCAGGCUACAGAAUUUGAUGUGGAUUAACUCGGGGGACAUCUUGUCUCUAAGUGGACACAACUGCCAGGGCCAGCAGGUAUGACUGGGAGAGGCAGAUAAGGUAGGUUGCAAUAGGACCUUUUGCACCCUGUGUAGUGGCCACUAGCUGUGUAAGGACAGGUUUUAUGCUUCUCAGGAGGGUGAACAGAGGUGUGUAGGAGCUCCUUCCUGAUGAGCACCCUCUUCUGAAAGGGGCAUAGAAAGAAGGUGAGACCCAAGGACACUGAGGAACUUUUCCAGGUGGAUUAUACAGCAGAGUUAUCUGCAAGCCUGAAAAACACUCUGGCCUGGGCCCCCUGGACUGGUUGAGUCAGAAUCAGGAUGAGACCUGACUGGUUAGGACUCAAUAUGUUUUCCAGAGGCUGAGUGCCCUUGUUAUGUGCUUCCCCCUUAGUGCUGGGCAGGUUUCGCCACACAUUAGACAAAAGGUUUUGAAUCCUACCAUUUGCCCAGACAUAGGGCAUUCUACUUUCUUCUAUUCUGGCCUUACUUAGGUUGGGCUUGUGGAACAACUUGUUCCUCCCAUGAGGGAACCAGCCUGCCUUAUAAUUGAGGCCCAUAAAUCCAUAUAGCUAGAAAUGUGUUCUACCCAGAACCCAUGUCAUUACCUUGUUGCUCAGGCAUGUGUCCACUCCUCUUGGCUAAAGUCCAAGGGAAAUCCAGACAGCCAAUAAGCAGAGUACAAGAGUAUUCCCAUGCACUAGUAACCAAAACAACACAAACACAAACAAUAAGCAAAAAUGGUGUCAAACUAGAAACAGAUGCAGUACUGCAUGUAGGGCCCUGCUGAACAGGUGUGACAUAGGCUUUAUGAUGGCAUGCCUUAUGAGGGGGCUGUUUGGUGAGUUGAAGCAAACAUGUGAGAAGCAUCCUCAGCUUUCUUCACCUUAAGACAGCAACUUGCACAUUAUCAUCUGGCUACCAAUGGCUGGUACAUCCAGCAUUUUGAACAUCUUGCAUAUGGGUUGUGUUCUUUAGUAUGUUGGUGUGGAAAGGCCAGGGGAUGAAGUUAUGUAUAAUGUGUGAAAUGAAGCAGAAACUCCCAAGUGUACAUCCUGCUGUCAUUUGGAUGGAUAUAGUAUUGGAAUUACUAGUAAUGAAAAGGUUCCCCCCCAUCAUUCCCUGUUGUCACAUAUUCUUCCUUUGUGUCAGUCUCCUCUCUAUAGGGAUACCAGUGUCAAAAGAGAUGGACAGACAUUCAUUAAAGCUGUGACAGUAGGGGAAAGAGCUGAGCUCUGAGCCAAUCUGCAGAGGUGACUUUGUUAGAAGGGAGACUAGGGCCAGAGUAGCAUCAGAGUCCUGAGUAUUGAGCUGCAGCCAACAAGAUGACUGAUGCCUGGCUGUGGAGGGGCAGUGGAAGAGGAAUUAAGGGCGGCUCCUGGACUUUUGGUUUAAACUGUGUAUGCUGGGCCACCUAUCAAGAUUGGGACAAGGGAAAGGGAAGGUCAAAGUUAGGGGAGGGCUUUAAAGUCCACUUUGGCUUCAGCCAGGCUCUGUGUGAAAUCCUCCUCAGUCCAUGUUUUUCCUGGACUAUUAUGGUGUUGUCCUCACUGAUUUCACUUGAUACUGCAGGCUCUCCAGUCUGUUUCUUACACAGCAACCACAGUGAUCUGGUAAAUCUGUGUUUCUACUUUGCUUAAUAAUCCAGUGGCUUUCUGUUACUCCUCUUUUUGGUGCUGGAGGAUUGAAUCCAGGGGUGCCCUGCCAUUGAGCUAUAUCCACAGCCCCUUUUUCUUUUUAUUCUUUUUGAAAGAAUAAAACUUAGUGAGACACAGCCCCCUCAUAAGGCAUGCCAUCAUAAAGCCUGAGUCUCACUAAGUUGGUGAGGCUGGCCUUGAACUUGCCACCUUCCUGCCUCAGCCUCCUGAGUACCUGGGGCUUCAUGUAUGUGCUACCACGCCCAGCUUUCUCUUACUCAUGAGACCUAAAUUCCAUCCUCAGCCUUAUGUUGCUUUGACCUCAUUUCAUGUCCUUUCCCUGCUGGCCCAGUCACACCACACUGUUCUUUUUUCCUCCUUUCCUCAAACAUACAACACUUCUGUGUCUUAAGGCCUUUGUCCCUGUUGCCCCUUCUGCCAGGAAGACUCUGACCUGUAAUCUUUGUGUAAUUGCCUUCUUUUUGUCAUUCAGCUCUGAGUGUAAACAUCACCUCCUUCAUCUGAAGUCUUAAUCCUAGAUCAUGUUGCCUUGUUUUAAUUCUUGGCUAGAUAGUUAAAGUGACCUAUUUUCUGUUUUGUUUCUGCUCUCCCUCUAGUGGAGGGAGAGCAGAAGCCUCAUCCGUCCUAGUCAGGCAAAAUCCCUAGAACAGUGCUCAGCACGAAGUGAUAGUGCAUGUUUAUUGAUGGUAUGAGCUUGUCUCACACUGUCAUCAGUAUUGCUCUGUCAGUAUUUUUGCGGACAUCACCUGUCUAUAAAUGGUGGUUGCUGGAAUUUACUAUAUUAAUAUGAUAGAAACUAUAGCACUGAAAACCUAUUUUAGGCAUUGGGUGACUACCUGUGGGGGGACUUCUUAUAAACAUUUAAACAGUUUGUUCAGAAUUUGAAUGUCUAGAUCAUGUUGGCCUUAUCAUGAAUAGGCAAGAACACAGACUCUGAGACCACAUGGACAUGUCCUGCUCUGCCCCUCACUUAAUUUCUCUGAGCCUUGAGGUGAUGGCAUGCACUUAGGACAGUGCCUGACCCUAGGUAGACGGGAUAACUGUGAAGGCCAUUCUAGUUUAGGUGGUUCCCCAAACGAUUUUCCAUUAGGUUGUUAUUACUGUAAAGGUUUCAGAUGUUUAAGGAAAGUUGGUGAUUGCCUAGCACUAGAGGACUUGGGGUCAGAUGGAGUGACUGCUAAUGGAUACAGACUUUAUUUUUGGGGUGAUGAGCAUGUUAUGAAAUUGAUUAUGGUGAUAGUUGGCACUUAUCUACGAAUAUGCUACAGACCAUUGAAUUGUGUACUUCAAGAUGGGUGAAUUGUAUGAUCUAUGGAUUAAACCUCAAUAAAGCUGGUAUUAAAAAGUA